GUCUGGGGCACCCUGCUCGGUCCAUUCAUCAAUUAUGGCUUCAUGCAAUUGAUUGUUGACCGGGAACGGCCUUACUUGAUUGGCCAGCGGAGCUCAGAGGCGUGGGACGCUGUGCAAACCCGUACGUACUACUCUAACUCCAUCAUCUGGGGCAUCCUGGGUCCUAAGGAGUUCUUCGGUGAACGCUACCCGUGGGUGUACUAUUCUUUCCUCGUGGGUGCCGGGGCUGUCUUUGCUACCUGGCUUGUGCAGAAGUGGAAGCCCCGAUGGAACCUGGAGCAUUGGUUCAACCCUACGUUGAUGUUCUACGGGGGCACGCUGUUUCCGAUGUACCCGACUACCAACUUCUUCAUGUCUUUCUUGGCCUGCAUUCUAUUCAUGGGCAUCCUUCCUCGGUAUUUCCCUGUCUGGUGGAGAAAGUACAACUAUUUGACAGGUGUUGGUCUGGAUUGUGGAACGCAGCUGAUGACUUUGGUCUGCAUCUUCAUUAUCAACCUGCCCAAUCUGUCGUUCCCAUCGUGGUGGGGCAAUGAUCCUAAUGCGACUGAUCGGUGCUUUCCUCCGGCCGAUCUGCCUCCGUAUGCACUGAACUGA